GCCGCAGGUUUCUAACGACCAAUCGCCGCGAAUAGUCCGCUCCAGUGAAAUAUUCAGCUAACCGAAAUUUGUUGUGUGAAAAGUGUUGAAAUUUUUUAGUUAAUUUGCUGCUUUUCACACAGAAAACGGUUUAAUACCUCAGCGAGAGCCGGGAUAUAGUGAUAUACGUAUAAAAUACAAACUCAAAAUUUAAAUUCAAAAUGGAGAGCUUUGCAGCAGCAGCCACACAACUGGGGCCACAUUUUGCCCCACUGUCAAAUGGAUCUGUGGUUGACAAGGUGACACCCGAUAUGGCCCACCUGAUCAGCCCAUAUUGGAAUCAGUUUCCCGCUAUGGAUCCGAUUUGGGCGAAAAUUCUCACCGCCUACAUGAUUAUAAUUGGCAUGAUUUCGUGGUGCGGUAAUGGGGUGGUCAUUUACAUAUUCGCCACCACAAAGUCGUUGCGCACGCCUGCUAAUCUGUUGGUCAUUAAUUUGGCUAUCUCCGAUUUCGGCAUUAUGAUCACCAAUACGCCAAUGAUGGGCAUUAAUUUGUACUUCGAGACAUGGGUGCUGGGACCCAUGAUGUGCGACAUUUACGCCGGUCUGGGAUCGGCCUUCGGUUGCAGUUCCAUUUGGUCCAUGUGCAUGAUCUCGCUGGAUCGUUAUCAGGUUAUUGUCAAGGGUAUGGCCGGCCGUCCGAUGACAAUACCCUUGGCAUUAGGGAAAAUUGCGUACAUUUGGUUCAUGUCGUCGAUUUGGUGUCUGGCGCCAGUAUUUGGCUGGAGCAGGUAUGUACCUGAGGGUAAUUUGACUUCCUGCGGCAUUGACUACUUGGAGCGCGAUUGGAAUCCACGUUCAUAUCUGAUUUUCUACUCGAUCUUUGUCUACUAUAUCCCACUGUUCUUGAUCUGCUACUCGUACUGGUUCAUCAUUGCCGCCGUAUCUGCCCACGAGAAAGCCAUGCGCGAACAGGCCAAGAAGAUGAAUGUCAAAUCUCUGCGCUCGUCCGAGGAUGCCGAGAAGAGUGCUGAGGGCAAGCUCGCCAAGGUUGCUCUGGUCACCAUCUCACUGUGGUUCAUGGCCUGGACCCCAUACUUAAUCAUCAACUGCAUGGGUCUAUUCAAAUUCGAGGGUCUAACACCAUUGAACACCAUCUGGGGCGCUUGCUUUGCCAAAUCGGCUGCCUGCUACAAUCCAAUUGUUUAUGGCAUUAGCCAUCCCAAAUACCGAUUGGCACUGAAGGAGAAAUGCCCGUGCUGCGUCUUUGGCAAGGUCGAUGAUGGCAAGUCGAGCGAUGCUCAGUCUCAGGUCACUGCCAGUGAGGCUGAGUCCAAGGCAUAAAUUGUUGGUUCUUCCACAAUAACAACAACAGCAACAACUACAACAACAUACGACAACAACAGCAAUAAAAUAAUAACAACAUCAAUACCAACAAAACAAGAACAACUACAACAACAACAACAGCAAGAACAACUGCAGCAACAGAACGAAACGCUUUCGAAUAACAGCAUAUAUAAAAAAUUUGUUAACACAUAUGUAAAUGGCAUAUGUGUAACUGCAAUGUCACUAAAGACUAAAAAUCAAAAAAA